AGUUAAUAGGAACCGCACGAAUAUUUUGCGCGCCAUCUUCAUAUACACUAUAUUAGAAUGUCUCAAUAUUAUAAAAAUUCAAGACUGAAUGAUGAUUAUCUCAGCAUCGAUUCAAUUAUGGCCUCUCAAGAACGAGUGACAAGUACAUUUCGAACCAAAAUAAGGAAUUUAGGUUUCUUAGAUAUUGGUUCGGACGCAAGAGACUUGGAAGUAGGUGUUAAAAUGGAACUACCUUAUUGGCUAGCAGCUUUUUUAUGUAAUAAGAGACGUCAAAUAGUGGAGGUGGAAACGCCUAAACAAUACAGAGCGGGUCAAAGAGAAAUUUUAAAUGCCGAUCCCGUUGUUGUUGAUCUUCACAAACUUGGUCCGCACUUUUAUAAAUUUGGUUCACUAUUUUUAUCAUUUCAAAUACCAGAAUCUCUUAAUAUUUCACGAUGUUUAUUAGAGACUUUUCAAGGCAGAUUCAAACACAUUAUGGAUAUAUCCCAAAAUUGUUUAAAUGAAGAUUUAAGUAAAGUCAAGUCAAAGUUAGAUGAAUGUGAAAAAGUGAUAUUUGCAUUAGGACAGGAUAGCUUGAAAGAUUUUCAGAAUUGGCAAACUCGAGAAUCAGCCAAGUUGAAAGCAUCAAAAAUGAUUAUACAACAAAGAAAGAGGAAAAGGAAUGAACUUGACUAAUGAAAUUAUUAAAUCUGUUUUUUUUAAAAAUGUUUUUUUUUUAUAUUUUUAAAGAGAGUACAAUAGCGAAGGGAGAAUGUUUCCAUUAUUUGUCAUACAGUAGUGCCAU